AAACAGGGUUUAAAGGUUAGCUGAGCUAAUAGACACAGACUGAGGUCAGAAGACCAUCUGAGAACAGCGGGACAACAGCAAGUUUUGCACAAAUCCUAUAAAACGCAAAUACUAAAAAUGAGUCGGGUAAAAAAUACAGUUAAGAAGAUGAAGGUGAAAAAUGAAUUGGCACGACAGAUUUUGGGAGAGGUCUUAGGCACUUUUGUACUUCUGCUAUUUGGUUGUGCUGCAGCAGCACAAGUGAAAACCAGCAGGGAAACUAAGGGGCAGUUUCUGUCUGUUAACAUGGCCUUCUCUGUAGGUGUCAUGUCUGCCAUGUACCUCUGCAUGGGGGUAUCAGGAGCUCAUCUAAACCCAGCUGUGUCUCUGAGUUUCUGUAUGCUGGGAGACCUACCCUGGAUAAAGUUGUUACCCUAUUCUCUGGCUCAAACACUGGGGGCUUACCUUGCCGCUGGGCUUGUCUUUCUCAUCUACCAUGAUGCGAUUAUGGACUACAGUGGUGGAGUUCUGACAGUAGUUGGUCCUAAUGAAACAGCCAGUAUCUUUGCUACUUACCCAAGUGAUAUGGUGUCAAUACAGACCAGCUUCCUCGAUCAGGUGAUCGGCACAGCCAUGUUAAUGCUCUGUAUUCUACCGCUGAAUGAUCAAAGAAAUGCUCCUGCACCCAAAGGGUUGCUCCCUCCAGUUGUAGCAACUGUUGUCCUAGGGAUUUCCGUGUCAAUGUCAGCUAACUGUGGAGCUGCCAUAAACCCUGCCCGUGACCUUGGUCCACGACUCUUCACCCUCACAGCAGGCUGGGGCACAGAAGUCUUCACGUGCUAUGACUACUUCUUCUGGAUUCCAUUAGUGGCUCCUAUGGUGGGGGGCGUGAUGGGGUCCAUCAUUUAUCUGGUCUUCAUUCAGUGGCAUCUGCCUGAGCCUGAGGAUGAAUCUGAGUCUGAGGAGUUUAAUGAUCAAACAAAGGCUACGAAGCACAACAACAAAACGGAUGAGUUAUACUAUAAAAUGUCUGCCCUUUAAAGGCCUGGGGGACUGCUGAAUCUAGCUCACGCCAUUUCCAAACUGUUUUAUACUGUAAAUAAAAAAAUAGUAAAACGGUAGGGAAAAAACCUGGGGAAAAUGUACUUAAGGUGGACUCUAAAAUCUUUCACAGCAGUGCUGAAGCCUUAAUAUACCAAUUAUUAUUUAUUAUUUUCAACCCCCUUUCAUCCCUUCUAAAAUAUUAAACUAGGACUUACUAUAAUUUAUAUGUAAAAAAGUUAUUUUUCCUUCACACUAUGUAUUGUUUCAUAGAAGUGAAUUUAAAGAUUUGUAUAUAGUAAUUUAAUUUGUAAUUUAAUAUAAUAACAUCAAACUCAUAUCUGUUUGUUGUCUAGUGUCUUUUGCAAGUAUACUGUAAGUUGUUUUUAUUAACCCACAGUGCACGGGGAUGAGUGUGUGCACAUUUGCGGUGUACAUUAACAAGUUCACAAACAAAGAGUUUUAAAAAUCUG